UCAAUUUAUGGGGUCGGAAUGUCAACUUCAGAAAUCAACGGAAAAACAAAACCAGCCAAUGAAAAUGAAAUUACAACUCCACCUAACCAAAUCAAAUUCUCUCUCUCUCCCUCUUUCCCUCCUACCAUUAAUAAAACUCUCUCUCUCUCUCUCUCUCUCUCUCUCUGUGUGGCAGUCAUGAAGCAUCACCAGCAGCAGCAGCAGAACGAUUCAUGGAUUUUCUCCCUGCUGUCUGAGAAGUUCUUUACUCCAUGCCUUCUUCACGAAUCCUCUAAAAAGAGUGAGAAGAACAUCUUCUGCUUGGAUUGUUGUGAUACCGUCUGCCCUCAUUGCGUCCCUCCUCAUCGCUCCCAUCGAUUGCUGCAGGUUCGGAGGUAUGUUUACCACGACGUUAUCAGGCUCGAUGAUAUAGAGGGAUUUUUCGAUUGUGGUUUUGUUCAGUCGUAUACAACCAACAGCGCAAAAGUGGUUUUCAUAAACCAAAGGCCUCAAACCCGUCCUUUCAAAGGCUCUGCAAGCAUCUGCAAUACCUGCGACAGAAGCCUUCAACACCCAUACCAGUUCUGCUCUCUUGCUUGCAAGGUCGAGUCUCUGGUACGGUACGAGGGGAGUAUUUCCAGGUAUUUAUACGACUGCGACUACAUGCCGCUGUCAGAUUUCGGAUGCACGCAGAUCGAGGAGCUGAAGGAGCUCGAGGAUGGUCAGAUGACGCCUAGCUCAGUCUUGGACGGUGGGAUGUCUAUCCGUACGUCGUCCGGGUCCAGCGCAAACGGCGACGGCUGGUGUUUAACGGUGGGGUGUACGGCCACGACGGAAACCGUUAGGCGGAAAAAGCGGACGAAGAAGGUCCCGAUGGAGGACGGGAUCGUCUCUUCUUCGGUUUGUUCCACAAAUGCCCCUCGGAGGCGGAAAGGGUUUCCCUCGCGUAGCCCGUUGUGUUGAAUUUGCUGGGAUCUCGGGUUUAAUUGUAAUUUUGUAAAACUUUCGGGUUAUUUGAUAGUAGGUGUAGCAGCAGGUAUCCGGUUUCGAACCCGCCGUCCUGCAAUUUUGGCAGCAAAAACGUGGUAGCACCAAUGGCUUCUUUUGUAAAAUUAAGGUUCUCAUGGGGGUACAUUUGGAAUUUCGUUUUUAUUUUAAUCUGGAAUUUUGCCUU